CAGUGAGACCCGGAGAGGCGAGAGGAGGCAGACACGCACCGGACCGGCAGAUGGAGAGCACGCUGCUGUAGAGGAGCCGGAGAGGAGGAAGAGCCGAUACCGGAGGGGGUUUUACCAUGAUUAGUGCGCGUUAAAGACGAUUAUUAUCAUAUUUAUCUAUGUAUCUAAUAUAUUACACUAGUCAGCCAUGUUCUCUAAAGCAUCGUAGCGGUAUCCACGAGUAACCGAAUGAGGAAACCGCUUUGUUUUGCGUUUCACCGCUUCCUGCCUCGCCCAUAGUCGCUUUCAUCUCUCUGUUUCUAACAACGUGAGGGGGAAGAAGAAGAGGAGAGGAAAAGAAAAGAAAAAGAGGAGCCAAACGAGCAUUAUGGUUGCCGGUGAGCUCGUGCAGGAGCAUCUGCGCGCGGAUACCGGCGCACCUGACGCUAUCGCGGUCGCCAGGAAGAGUCCCGAGCUGGACGCAGCGGCGGAGCGAUGCGCGGAUCCGACGUACGCAGCUGCCGCGGCGGCGACGCUCCGGGCUGUGGAGGCGGACACGGACCAGGCGCUGGAGCAGGAGAAAGAGGUACCGCCGGAUGAAAGAGAGGCGAUGCUGCCCAACGGAGGAGGAGGAGGAGGGGAGAAGAAGGGGAAUAGUGUAGAGACGAGACUGUACCGGCGCCGGUUCGCCGUGCUCGCCGUGUUCAGCCUGUACUCGCUGGUGAACGCCUUCCAGUGGAUCCAGUACAGCAUCAUCACCAACGUGUUCACCCAGUACUACGGGGUGACUAACGACAAGGUGGACUGGCUCUCCAUCGUCUACAUGCUGGUCUACGUGCCGCUCAUCUUCCCGGCCACCUGGCUCCUGGACCGGAGGGGUCUGCGGGUCACGGCCCUCCUCGGCGCCGGCCUAAACUGCGCCGGCGCCUGGCUCAAGUGCGCCAGCGUCAGCCCCGAGCUGUUCGGAGUCACCGUCACCGCGCAGGUCGUCUGCUCCGUGGCGCAGGUGUUCAUCCUCGGCCUGCCGUCGCGCAUCGCCUCGGUGUGGUUCGGACCCCAGGAGGUCUCUACUGCGUGCGCCACGGCCGUGCUCGGGAACCAGUUGGGAACAGCCAUUGGCUUCCUGUUGCCUCCAGUUUUGGUUCCCAACACGCCUGACGACAUUGACCUGAUGGGUCGCAACAUCAGCAUCAUGUUCUAUGGCACCGCCGCCGUCUCCACGGGCCUCUUCAUCCUCACGGUUAUAGUCAUAACGGACCGCCCUUCCCUCCCUCCCAGUCACGCCCAGGCUGUCUUACCAGGCUCUCCUCCUGAAGACUACUCCUACAAACAGUCCAUCCUCAACCUGAUAAAGAAUAAAGCAUUUGUCCUCCUGCUCAUCAGCUACGGAAUAAUGACCGGUUCCUUCUACUCCGUCUCAACACUUCUCAACCAGAUGAUCAUGGCCUGCUAUGAGAACCAGGAGUUGAAUGCUGGGAGAAUUGGUUUGACUCUGGUUGUUGCUGGAAUGGUCGGCUCCAUCCUCUGCGGCUUGUGGCUGGACCUCACAAAGACUUACAAGAUGACCACUCUGAUCGUGUACGGCCUGUCGUUUCUGGGCAUGGUGAUCUUUACCUUCACUCUAGACCUCAAAAACAUCUACCUGGUCUUCUUCACAGCUGGAGUCCUUGGGUUCUUCAUGACGGGUUACCUGCCUCUGGGCUUUGAGUUUGGAGUGGAGAUCACCUACCCAGAGUCUGAGGGAACAUCAUCAGGACUCCUCAAUGCUUUUGCACAGAUAUUUGGGAUUAUUUUCACUCUGAUUCAGGGCAAACUGACCACAGACUACAAUCCACUAUUUGGAAAUCUCUUCCUCUGCGCCUGGAUCUUCCUGGGAAUACUGCUCACUGCCUUAAUUAAGUCAGAACUGAAAAGACACAACGUCAACAUGGGAGCAGACAGCAACCACUUGCAAGCACUUCCUACUGAGUGUCCAGGGGACUGCCCUUCAGAAAGUAAAACCAACGGAGUCAAGCUGGAAUCCUCGAUCAGCUUCUCCCAUGAAACCUCACUGUGACCCUGCCAAGUCACUGGACAAAUAAGAAGGACUCCCUGCUGCCCUGGGAUACAUGUUGGCACCAUAGUCUGUGAAGUACCUAGAGGUGCACUUGAUUUUUAUUGCCAAGCAUAAUCUCUUGAAUAAUUAGAAAGCUGGAGGCUCUGGAUGCGAGCCAAGUCUAACCAAGCACAGCCACAAUCUAGGUGUGGAUUCAAGCCAGGUGUGACCAACAAGGCACAGAGGAGGUUGCUCCUCCCAAGCUGUUUGACUCCUUCAAAGCUCUGCAGCAGGAUCCAUGACCCUCAUGCUCCCAAAACACUUAUAGUAUAGAAGAAGCAUUACCUCCAAUUGAGAGAAGUUUGGGUUUUGUUCUGGAAAGGUCAUUUUGGAUUGGUAAAAAAACAACAACAAAAAAAACAGUAUGCAAGCAAUGACAUGCAGAAGAAGCUCCACUGCACUUUAUUUGUAUUGUUGGUGAAGCAUGGCACUCCUACCUUGUUUACUGUAUGUAAAUCCAGUUUCACUAGAAAACAGGCUGAUGAAACAAGCUUCCUAGAUCACCAUCACAAGGUUUGCUGUAGUUAAAACAAAAUACUCUGUGAUUCUUGAUGGAUCACAACAGCAGAGUCUUCAGGUGUCUGGGAGGAAGGACUAGAGAGCCAUUCUGUUUGGUUUUGUACUGCAGCCACUGCCCACUGCACAGGGCCAACGUUUCCUGAGUUUACUUGAAUUAUCCUUUAUGCUCUGGACUGAAGUUGUAUAACACACUGUACAUUUUGUUAAUAUUUGAUUUCUUCCUCACAUAUAACACUGAUUAUGUUAGUUAUCAAAGACAAACUGAAGCUGCUUUGAUAAUGACAGUCGAUGUAAAUCAUGUUUAUUAGAAUGAGCGGACUAUGUCACAGAUUCUAUAACAGUAUGUUGCAGAAGGUCCAGGUACGUGAAAGUAAAUGCAGCUCACUCAGAUGACACUGUAACAAAUUCAGGUGGAAAUCUUCACAGGUUUUUAUUUUGACACAGGUUUACAUAUGAAUGUGCUUUUUAUUUGCCAUGAUCCGUAAAUAGUUGGAGUUAAAUUCUUCCGUUGUGACUGACUGCGUCUAACUGGUACAGCAAAAUAAAAAAGCUCAGUAAACCCAGAAUGGCAAGUCAUUCCCUUCAUGACAAAUGAUUGACGCAAAAGAGUAAAACCUUAAGAAGAAUUGUAUUUAGCUUUUAGAUUCCAGGGGAAAUCUCUAAACGUCCCCCCUCUGUUCAUUCCCUUAAAGCUCCAGUAAAUAACCUUUUUUUAGGUUGUCAAAUACUGAUGCUUUGGGAUCCUAGCUCUAUUUCAAUCAACUAUGUUUCUUGGCUCUAAUUAGUUGUUUUUGGUCAGAAGUGGUGGAUUCUCACAAUACCUUUAGGAGCAGAGGAACCUAUUUUUUUUAAAAAACAUUUACAGAUUAUCUGUCUCAUGUACUCCCGUCAGGAUAUAGUGAAAGUUAUAUGACCAAAAGCUACUUUUAUAAAAGUUACCUCCUGCAGCUUUAAGUAAUUGCCACAAAGCGAUGGGGGAAGGAAAGUUGAGGCCAUUUAGAAUAGUUUAUUUGCUAUGAAGGGCCCUGACAUAACUGACACCAAGAAUCAAAACACUACACUAUGCUUAUGAUUCAUGUAAUUGUCCUAGUAAAUUAUAAGUAAUUCUCAAAGCUGUUGGGUUUUUAUCUAAGGGCCUAUUUAUUAACUCAUUUCUUUCACCCAUUGCAACUUUUUGUCCAAAUUCAAGUCCAGUUUGUUUAUACCUAUAUUUGGCUCUAAUAGGGUUAUGACAUUAGAUUAAUAUCUGCAGUAGUAAAAUAAAAUAAAAUAUGUAUGUACUGUAUAAAAUACAUGGCUGGCUUGCACAAAGGCUUCCUGACAACACAACUGUGCUGUAGUAUUUUCCUACACAAACCACAGUGGACCAAACAGAAUGUGAACAAGAAGUGCACAAAAACAGACGCACAAUGUCGUUGUUUUCUACUCGAAUGCAUGAUUUUAAAUGUGUUUCUAAUGUUGACUCCUGUCCGUUAUUACACUGAGAAUCUGUAUGUGACAGCUAACUCAAGCUGCUGUUUGUGAGAUGUGGAGACAUAACAGGAGAUUAACAGUGCCAUCUUGUGGGUUUCCUGCAGUAGUAACAAAACAAGCAGAGUGGACAGGAGAAGCACAAAAGUGUUCAAUUCAUUCUGUAACAGAAAAAGAUGAUAAUUUAUUUUCAGAUCCAGCUGUUAAUUUUAUUUCUGUCCUAUAAAUUUUAACUUAUAAAAGGAAUUCUGUUUUUUGUAUCUUUCUUUAUCAGUUUAUAACUCAAAGUGUACUUUUUUUAACUAAAGUGUGAAUGAAUGUUGACAACUUUUAUAGUUGCAAAAUCUGUAUUUAGCAGUUAUGUAGCUUGCUUGAUUUCUGUAUCCAAAGUCUUACAUGCUGUCUUCAGUGGAUGUGUUUCUAAGUUGUUUAUUUGACGUUCAUCUGAGAGAAAAUUUUAAUUUUUUUUAUCUUUAACUUGAAAUAUAAAACCCUAUCAACAACCAGGAUUUUCCUUGGUAAAAAUAUAUCUAGGGAUCCCUUUGGCUUUUAUUUUUUUUGAUAAAUAGCAGCAGUUCCACACUUUAAAAUGGGACAUUAUCAUCUUCACCCCAUGUUUGCAACAUUUCAAAAUCAAUCAUGAAAGAAAUUAUUAAGUUUAUUAACUGUUUAUGGUAUUUGGCAAUGGCAUGUUAUUUUAGGAAAUUAUCACACCUCUUUAUUUGGUUCUACCGUUUCAAACCUUUGAAAGUAUGUUUAUGUUUUUUAGCAGUUGAAGAGCUAACAUUUCCUUGUCUUAAUAUAAUUGUUAUAACAGGACGUUUUAUACACUACACUACAGUCUUGACAUAUGGUCAUAUAAUUUAUCCAUCUUAGUCAUCAAGUUAGUCUAAGUAAAAUUAUGAAAGAAAGACUGGACCGAAAAGUAAAGGGAAUUCAACUUGUUUCAUACAGGCUGUGAGACAUUUCAUGAAAUAUGUUUUCAUGCUUUUAAACAUUUGUUUUCUCUUCAGUCUCAUGUUUGAAGAACUGUAUUUUACGUUGUCUCCAUCCUGUUUUCAGUAUUUCUGUAUAUGACCAAAAUAGAUUUUACAAGUGAAAUCAGGAAAAGAUAUCAUAUGAUAGCCACAGAGACAGAUUAUGCAUUUAACUGGCUUUGCUGUAAUGUAACCAUGAAACAGGUCUUAUUUUACAUUUUUAUAUAAAUCAUUUUCUGGGUGGCAGGAUGUUUUCAUGGUU